AUUUGUUCUCCCAUGUUGCAGAGAUCCUUCUCAGUUCAGAGACGCGUCCCAAAAUGAGAUCUUGCAAAGGGGGCCUGCGACGAGUUGCUCCCUGCGAUUGUGUUUCUAACGGCGAGUAGAGAGUUGUGGUGUGUCUCUCUGAGGCUGUGUCUCCGCUCCAUCGGCGUUGCUGUUUGCGGCAGAAAUUUCAGAGCGGCAUUGUAAGGCUUUUGUCGGGGUUUAUCGGUGAGGGAAUCUUCAUGUUCUUCUUCUUCUUCUUCUUCUUAUUGCCUCUUCGUCUUUGCAUUUCUACGCAAAUGCUCUUCCGAAUUUUAUUGAGACCCGUUUCGUCGCUUUGUAAGCCCUAAUUCUUACGGUUUGAGAUACAUGAGUGCGGCUGUCUUUCUUCCUCUGAAUCGAAAUUGUAGGGGUGAUCAAUGAAGGGAGUUUGUUAAGGUUGUGGAAUUCGCAUAUACUGGCUGUUGUUUGGUUUUUUACAGUAGCAAAAUUGAUGGUUAGGUUUUCCCCGUUAGAUUAAUAAUCCAGUUAGGGUUUGGGUGCGGGGCCAUGACUGUGCGGUCCGUUUGCGGGUAUGACUUUGUGAGGAAUCCAUGUUGAUGUUUUGUCGCUUGGUGGAGAAGUCUUCUCUGGUAUAAUUCCUAAGAUCCCUUCUCUGUUGCCUUGAAUUUCUUAUGCCGGAUGGAAAAUCUUAGAGCUGUGCCUUUGAUGAUUCACUUGCUGCAGUCUCAAGUGAAUGAGAAGAUUUUGCUGAAGUAUUCUAAUACUACUGUUUUUAUGGUUUAUAAUGACUGAUUAUGCUUGUCCGAAUAUUUAUGUUGCCAUCUGGUUGUUCCAUAUAUUUACACCUAUUAAGUUGCUUCAUGCACUCUGUGGUCGCCUUGUGUCCCAUUGCAGUCUAGUGAUCACAAAUCUGUAGCCAUGCUGGUAUUAGAUGCCCUUUUUUAAGUCCUGGAUGAGAACUUUGGAGUGGUUAAUCCACUCCAGUUGCCCUUCUGCUUUAUCCUAUAAUGUGAAAAUUACAGGAGUCCUAGAAGGGAAUUUGGAAUGACUAAUAGUAACCAAAUAAAAUACAUGGAUUGGUGGCCAUGUUUGAGAAAUAAACUUGGACCGAAAAUUGUGUCCCGUUGUCCCUACAAUUGAAAUUGUCUUUAGUCAUUCCAGUUGCCCUUCUGCUCUAACCUUGCUCAGUAGAUGCCCUUACUAGAGUCCUAGAUGGGAACUUGGAAUGAUUAUACUCUAUGUGAAAAGGCAUGGAUUGGUGGCCAUGCUUGAAUAAGAAUGCUGUCUGUCCGAAAGUGAAGAUUAUUAAUCAUUCCAGUUGCCCUUCUGCUUAUCGUGCUAAGAUAAAUUCAUAAAUGGAGUCUUAUAAUGGAACUUUGGAAUGAGUGAAAGAUACUAACGAUAUAUACAUGGAUUGGUGGCCAUGUUGUUGCUCUAAAUCUUGUGUCCCUUUGCUUCUCAUUUUCGUAAGACCAGGACAGUUUGUUAACUGAAAGCCCAAGCUCUACAUUAUGUCAGAUUUUGAUCUAUCGUGUUAUCUCCCUCUGUGGGUUACUUUGCAAUGAUUUGCCCCCUCUGAUCCAUCUCAAUCUAAAUCUUUAUAUCCGUAGACAUCUACGGAUGAAAAAAGAUUUCCAACCGCCAUGAGAAUACUUUGUACUCUUAUUGCAGCCUGUGUUCCAAUCCUUUUAUUUUAUUUUAUUUUAUGAAUGAGCUGGUUGGUUAUUAUUUUCUUGGUUUACCUCUAUGUAUACCUAGCAGAGAGUUUAAGAAAAGGACAGUAAGUGAGAUUAUGAGAACCAGCUACUCGGACAUGGUUCUGUAUUUUCAAUUGGAAAGUCUGAACCUACUUCAGUUUGCUAUUACUGGAGUGUGAUAAUUGGAAACUAGAGUUUUCUGUUGGUGGAGAAGUCUCCUCUGGUAUAAUUUUUAAGGUCCCUUCUCUGUUGCCUUGAAUUUCUUAUGCCGGAUGGAAAAUCUUAGAGCCGCGCCUUUGACGAUUCACUUGCUACAGUAACAUGUGAAUGAGAAGCUUUUGCUAUAGUAGACUAAUACUAGUGUUGUUAUGGUUUAUAAUUCCUGAUUAUGCUUGUCUAAUUAUUUUCGUUUCCAUUUGGUUGCGCCAUAUAUUUACACCUAUUGAGUUGCUUCAUUGAAGUUCUGCAAUGUUUCAUUCACUCUGUGGUCACCUUAUGUCCCCAUUGCAAUCUAGUGAUCCACAAAUCUGUAGCCAUGUUGGUAUUAGAUGCCCUGUUUAAAGUCCUGGAUGAAAACUUUGGGAGCAAUUAAUCCACUCCAGUUGCCCUUCUAGUGUAUUCUAUAAUGUGAAAAAUUACAGGAGUCCCUAGAAGGGAACUUUGGAAUGACUAAUAGUAACAAAGUAAAAUACAUGGAUUGGUGGCCAUGUUUGAGAAACCUACUUGGUCCGGAAGUUGUGUCCUGUUGCCCCCACAAUUGAAACUGUCUCUAGUCAUUCCAGUUGCCCUUCUGCUCUAACCUUGGUCCGGAAGUUGUGUCUCGUUGUUCCCACAAUUGAAACUGUCUAUUCUUUCCAGUUGCUUUUCUGCUCAGUAGACGCCCUUACUAAGAGUCCUAGAUGGGAACUUUGGAAUGAUUAAUAAUACUCACUGUGAACAUGCUUGGAUUGGUGGCCAUGUUGAAUAAGAACGCUGUCUGUCCCAACGUGAAGAUUAUUAAUCAUUCCAGUUGCCCUUCUGCUCUAUCUUGCUAAGAUAAUUUCAUUAAUUGAGUCCUAGAAGGGAACUUUGGAAUGAGUGAAAGAUACCAAAUGAGAUAUACAUGGACUGGUGACCAUGUUGUUGCUCUAAAUCUUGUGUCCCUUUGUAUAUCGGUUUCAUGUGAUCAGGACAUUUGUUAAUUGAAAGCCCAAGCCCUAUAUUAUGUCGUCAGGUUUUAGUUUAUCAUGUACUUACUAUUAUCCCUGGGGUUGGUUCAUCAAAUGUUGUGUCCCUACUUGUCUUUGUUUGAGAUGAUAAUGAUCAUAAUUAGUUGCCCCUCUGCUGCAUCUCAAGUUCAAUCAUGACAGUUUUGAAUGAAAGUCCUAAAUCGGAUUCCUAGAGGGGAACUUGUUAUUCAUCAAAAUUGGAAAUCUGUUAUGAUCAAAAGUUGACAUGUUUACUCUUCAUUCUAGUUGCCCUUUCUCAAACGAGUAAUUUACUUACCGCAGCCUCUGCCCCAAUUUUUGUUUUACCGAGUAGACUUUAUGUGCUACAUGAAGUCCUCUUGGUUAUGAUUGCAAUCAUGCACUGUGUAUUAUGUUUACAUGCUGAGUGAGAAAAUAUUAUAUCCUUGGUUCAUAAAUGAAGCAGUUAAUAUGACUAUUAUGAUAUAUCUUUAUGUGAUAAAGAGCAGAGACUCAUGACUCUUUUGAGUUAUGCCAGUGUAAUGCGAUUUGGAGGCAUAAUAGAAUCUGUGUUUUCUGGCGGUUGUACAUGCCAUUUUUUUUAUAGAAAGCCUUCGAAUCUUUUGCAAGCUUAUGAAACCCAUAUGCCUUCCGCUUAUUAAAAGUUCUUGUUUAAUUUUGUAGUGAAAUUUGGUGAAUACUUGAGAGGGGUCCUACUCAAAUGUUUGGUAGACAUGGCAAGUAUUACAGUUCUCUGUAAGUGAAUCGUGCUACAUUCAAGUGAUUAUGAUGCGUAGCAGCCUGUUAUUGUUUGUAGAAAUGAAAGAUUCUUACAUAACACCAUAAUUUGCUGUCCAUAAUCAUCUGCAUCGCCAUCUUGUGAGCAUGUUUUGGAAGGUCAGGGCAACCCUAUCUGUUAUGUUAAGUUUCGUUUCUUUGUGUUGAAGAUUCCAGGAUGUUGAUUCUUCUGUGCUACUUGUGUUGUCCAUUUAAUAUGUCAUUUGAAGUUUUGGUGGUAUCCCAACAGUGAUGCAACCCGGCAAACCGUGAAUUUUGAUGGUAGUAAUACCUUGGGUUGGGUGAUUAGUAAUGAGCUGAAGCUGAUAUAUUGAUUACAUAUGUAUUCUAUCCACUGAUGUUUCGAAGUUGUAUGUUGAGAUCAGGUGCCUUUACAAACUCAAAAAUUCGAUUGCACAUUUCUCUUUAAUGGAAAGAGCAGCAGGGAAUCCAAUUUAGUUGUGGUGAUGCUAUUGCUGGUGUUAUUACCUUAUUAAGGAACUGAUGUUUGUAAAAUGACAGUGUACCCAUUAUGAUUGUGAACAUGGAAGCUGCUGUUGGAUUUUUGACCGACCAAAGCAAUUCCCUUCCAUCUGAUUUUGUGUGGGAAGUACACAAGUAUAGAUUCUUAUUACAUCCUGCAGCUAUUUAUUCCUGGCAGAUUCUCUCAACCCAGUAAAAGAUGAACUUACAAGCAUGGUUGGACAAAGAAUGGAAUGUCGCGCUGAAUGUUUAAUUGUUUAUGCAUCAUUUACCUGGUUCUUUUGCUGGGAAAAAGAGAAAGGUAAGGUCUUUCAAGGAUACAACAACUAGACCUUUGGCAAAACAACACGUGUUCUUAAUUAAAUCUGAAUUGAUUUUGUCGGCAAAAAAUCCAACCGACAAGGAAGAUUUGGUGUGAUUUUGGUAUUUUAAAUACCUAGACGGCUAGACAGUGGCAGCCCAAUCAAUAACAAUAACCGACAGCCGCAGCCCGAACCGUUUAUUCUGUAUUAUUCUAUUCACCCUCCGGAGUCCGGCCAUGGCAACAGCCGCUCCCUCCACGCCUCUGCCACUUCAGGACCGGGUAGCGAUAGUGACCGGCUCUUCUCGAGGUAUCGGGAAAGCCAUAGCUCUCCACUUGGGCUUACUCGGCGCACGACUCGUCAUCAACUACACCUCCAACAAGGAACAAGCCGACCUCGUUGCCGCCGAGCUCAAUUCUUCUUCAUCAGCUCCACCGCGAGCAAUCACCGUCCAGGCUAAUGUCUCCGACCCAGCCCAGGUGAAGACCCUCUUCGACGAGGCCGAGAGGACCUUCGGUGGCUCGCAGGUCCAUAUCCUGGUAAAUUGCGCUGGCGUGCUGGAUUCCAAAUACCCUUCCAUCGCUCACACUUCCGUGGAUGAUUUCGAUCAUACAUUUGGUGUGAAUACUAGAGGGGCGUUCCUUUGCUGCAAGGAGGCGGCGAAUCGAGUGAAACAAGGCGGCGGAGGGAGGAUAAUCCUGCUAUCAUCGUCGAUGGUGAGUGGUUUGAAACCAGGGUUUGGAGCCUAUGCAGCUUCAAAGGCAGCUGUGGAGGCGAUGGUAAAGAUUCUGGCGAAGGAGCUCAAGGGAACUGGGAUUACUGCUAACUGCGUGGCUCCUGGUCCGGUUGCCACGGAGAUGUAUUAUGCUGGGAAGUCCGAGGAGAUGAUACAGAGGAACAUUGAUGAGAGCCCGUUAGGCCGAAUUGGUGAACCAAAGGAUAUUGCUACAGUUGUCGGGUUUCUGGCUACUGAUUCCGGUGAAUGGAUCAAUGGACAGGUAAUCCGUGCCAAUGGUGGCUAUGUGUAGAACUAGAGAAGAACCAUUUGUUCAAAACUCCGAUGAAUGGUUGGUGUUGUGGGGAAAUAUGGGUUGCGGGAAUAGAUCAGCAAUGCCAUGGAGUAGUUUGAUAUGUCAAGCUAUGGGGUUCUAGUGUUAUCUU